AUGACUUCUCUCCCCGUUGUCCUGUUCCACUAUCCAGGCUCGCCGUUCGCGGCCCGAGUCCUGUACUAUCUGGCCCUGCGCGGCAUCCCCUAUGAUGAAUGCAUCCAACCCAACAUCCUCCCCCGUCCAGACCUCGCCCGCCUCGGCAUCCGCUACCGCCGCAUCCCCCUGCUCGCAAUCGGGCGCGACGUCUACCUCGACACGCCCCUGAUCCUCGACCGUCUCGAACGCUUCACCCCAUCGUCCACCACCACGAAACCCUUCAAAACAACCACAUCCCCCUCCCAACGCACCCUCACCCACCUCCUCGCCUCCUACACCCUCGACACCCCUCUCUUCAAAAACAUCGUCUGCGUCCUCCUCCCCUCAACCCCCCUAAUCACAAACGAGGCAUUCCUCAAAGACCGCGCCGAGAUGGUCGGCGGGCCUCCCGGGUUUAAUUUCGCAGAACACUUUAUCCUCCCUGCGCGCAAUGACGCGAUUGUCGAAGUGGUGAAGACGCUGGAGUUCUUGGAAUCCACCCUCCUGGCUGAUGGGCGACAGUGGGUGGCGGAAACGGAGACCCCAGGACUGGCGGAUAUUGAGCUGGUUUGGCCGCUGCAUUGGCUGUUUAAGACACCGGGUGCUGUUCCGGUGGAAUACAUUACUGCGGACAAGUUCCCGAAGGUCUUUAGCUGGGUUGAGAGGUUUGAGAGGGCUGUUGCGGAGGCCGAGAAGGGGGUGCGGAGGCCUGAGACGGUUUCUGGGGAGAAGGUUGCUGCGUGGAUAGACAAGGCUGGUGUUGAGGAUGAAGAUGAGGCGCGCGUGGAUUUGGGGGAUCCGGUUGUCAAGGAGAGGGGGCUUUAUCAGGGUCAGGAGGUGUUGCUGUGGCCGGCUGAUACUGGGGCGAACCAUAAGACGAGGGGGAAGCUUGUUGGGUUUACCAGUAGGGAGAUUACGCUGGAUACGACGGAGGGCGAGGUGUCGGUCAGAGUGCAUGCUCCUAGACAUGGAUUUAGGGUUGCUGCUGUUCCUGAGAAGGCGAAUCUGAGUUAG